AUGGACGAGGAUAUUCGCAUCGCUACCGGCAGGCGAGGAACAAAACGGCAAAUGAUAAGAUGCACUGGAAGCCACAGACCCAAUCUUGCAUGCAGGCGGUUUAGGAGACUGUCGCUUGAAAUUGACCCCGGAGAUGACAAUCUUGCUCGGCAACAUCCUGACAAAGGUGGACUGAUUAAAGCUCAUCUCCAUCCUCCAUUCUCCAUCCGGUUGGCUAACCGCGGCAAACGAGCACCUUCUGACACGAUCCAACAAAGACAAAUAGACAAAGACAUACACCUGCCUCCAAAGAAAAUCAGAACCAUGCUUGAUAAUGUGCAUAGUGAACCUCCUCAGCGUCGUCCUGCUCUAAUUGCCUAUGAGCUAUCACGAUUCAACCUCUCAGUGAAUUUUGUCUCCAUGAAAAAGGUUGGCUCAAAUAACUUCGUGUUGCUCAGGAAAACCCAAAACCAGAAGUCACCUUUCUGGAGUUGGCUUGAUGUAGAAAGCUUGAAAAUAGCGUGGAUGCAUUCUCGAUCCAAGCACUGGCAUUUCAUCGACUAUGUUUUAGUGUUCCGAACAGGCGUUCACGAU